GAUCCCCUGCAUCUCCAAUCGAUUUUCGUUUUCGUCUCUCUUCAAGAAUCUUCUCGUAUAUCCUUAUCUCAUUGCCCCGCCCACUGCUCCCGGGACACAAUGUCCGUACCCCUCUUCAACCUCGCUCCCAAUCUCGCAGUUUCAAGGCUUUGUUUAGGAACCAUGACUUUUGGAGAACAGAACACCUUGCCCGAGUCCUUUCGCCUCCUUGACGAAGCUUUCAGAGCCGGAGUCAACUUCUUCGACGCUGCAGAAAUGUAUCCAGUGCCUCAGCGUGCUGAGACUCAGGGUAGGAGCGAGGAGUACCUGGGCCGUUGGAUUAGAGAUAGGAAGAUCUCUCGGGACCGUGUCGUCUUGGCCACCAAGGUUACCGGACCAUCUGGGCAAAUGUCUUGGAUUCGAGGUGGGCCAAAGUGUUUGGAUGCCAGGAAUAUUACCGAGGCCAUUGACAACAGCUUGCUGCGAAUCCGAACUGACUACAUUGAUCUUUAUCAAAUUCAUUGGCCAGAUCGCUAUGUUCCCAUGUUUGGAGAAACCGAAUAUGAUCCAAUCCGACAGUUCAGCUCGGUUGGUGUAGAGGAACAACUUGAUGCUCUUGGUGGAGCUGUUGAUGCUGGUAAGAUCAGAUACGUUGGUCUCAGUAAUGAAACACCAUAUGGUCUCAUGAAGUUCAUUCAGGUCGCUGAAAGGGUUCCUGGCUGUCCUAGGAUAGUAUCAGUUCAGAACUCAUACAGCUUGCUUUGUCGAACUUUUGAUUCUGGAAUGGCUGAGUGCUGUCAUCAUGAGAGGAUCAGCUUAUUGGCCUACAGCCCCCUGGCGAUGGGCAUUCUCUCUGGGAAGUAUUUUUGGCCUGAUGGGGGUCCAUCAGAUGCUCGGUUGAAUCUCUUCAAAGGGAGGUAUUCAGAAGGGGAAUCCAGAUACAACCUGUCCAAUAAUAUCAUAAAAGCAGCUACCAUGGAAUAUCUUGAUAUUGCCGAAAAAUAUGGUCUUCAUCCUGUCUCCAUUGCAAUUGCCUUUGUUUUGAGACAUCCUCUUGUUGCAAGUGCUGUUUUUGGGGCUACUAAGUUGCAGCAGCUUCAGGAGGUUCUCAAUGCAUUCAAAGUGGAGCUCACAUCUGAAAUAAUUGUUGAAAUCAACAAGAUUCAUGGAAGGUUUCCCAAUCCAUGUCCCUGAUCAAUAGUUAGUGCUGUUUAGUAUUUUUGUUAUCAGGAAAAUUUUCCGGAUUGGCAUAAAUAGAUUGCUUGUACGUCCUGCACUUGCCUUUGAAAUAUUAAACUUAGUAGACAUUAUUGAUGACAAUGGGCUGGAAAAAGACCCUGCUUUCUGGAAAGAGAAAUUCAUAAUUUUCAAUGAGGUAAUAGGAACAAAAUCUCUGUCGACUGGCUUUUGUUGUGCCAUAAAUUA